UUUUGACUUUUGUCUUUUGCAAAUUGCAAUUUGCAAGCAGCAAACAGUGGUUUGCAAUUUGCAACGUGAAAGUAAAAUUUUUUGGUGGUGGUCUACUCCUGUGCUCUACUCUAGUAGAUUACACAGGUAGAUUAGUCUGAGAGUCGUUGACACUAAUUCAGUAAUUACAGCUAUCAAUUAAAGGGUAAACAUGCCAAAGAAAAAGACGGGACAGCGUAAAAAAGCUGAAAAGCAAAAGCUACGGCAGAAGGAAAUUCGUAAUGCAAGAGGGCAAAUUGACUUAGCUCAACAUCCUUGCAAUCUUCCCAUGGAAUGCGAUAAGUGCCAAAAGAAACAGAAAAGUCGGGCUUUCUGUUAUUUCUGUUCAGCCCUGCAGCGCUUGCCUGUGUGCGCACAAUGCGGGAAGGUGAAAUGUAUGUUGAAGUCCGGUGACUGCGUGGUGCGCCACCCGGGCGUCUACACCACUGGCAUGGGGAUGGUGGGUGCAAUCUGUGACUUUUGCGAGGCAUGGGUGUGCCAUGGAAGGAAGUGCUUACAAUCCCACGCAUGCACUUGCCCUCUGGCUGAUGCUGUCUGCAUUGAGUGUGAAAGAGGUGUGUGGGAGCAUGGUGGCCGAGUGUUCCGCUGCUGCUUCUGCCAGGGUUUCCUCUGUGAAGACGAUCAAUUUGAGCACCAAGCCUCCUGUCAAGUGUUGGAAUCUGAAACAUAUAAAUGUCAGUCUUGCAAUCGCCUGGGGCAGUACUCGUGCCUGCGCUGCAAGACGUGCUUCUGCGAGGAGCACGUGCGGCGGCGCGGCGCCAAGCCGACCCGCGGCGCGCCGCCCUGCCCGCGCUGCGCCUACUCACUGCACGUCACCUCCGACCUGGCCAUGUCCACGCGCUCGCAUCGCUACGGGCGGCAGGGCACAGCAGCGCCCGAAGAUGACGACUAUGGGGACUACUCCUCCUAUGGCCAGACAGCUGAUUAUGAUAACGAGGAAGGAGGCGACUACUCGUACUCUGAGUCGGACGACGACGAUGAUGAAGAGGAGAGCGAGGAAAGCUCUGAUGAGGAGUCAAAGGAACCCGCUAAGACAUCCGAUGAUGGUGCUUCGACAGCAGAUGGCAAAUCUUAAUUAUAUCCUCCGCACUUUGUAGCAAUGAUGUUUAUAUUAAAUGUAUUUUAAUAUCAA